UCCAACUUAGAAGAACCAAAAACACUCUUAUAAUUGUUUGUUGCAACAAUGGCCUCAGCUGAAGUUGGAAAUAAUGUUGUGAACCACAUCGAAGAAGCAAAGAUCAUUCGUCCAGUUGCCAACUUCUCUCCAAUUCUAUGGGGCUAUAGUUUUCUUUCCUUCUCCAUUGACAAUAACGUUGCACAAAAGUAUGCUCAAGAGAUUGAAGCGUUGAAGGAAGAAACAAGGAGUAUGUUGUUAGCUACCGGGAGGAAAUUGGCAGAGACAUUGAAUUUGAUUGGUGUUAUUGAAUGCUUACAAUGGUCACCGUAGAGGAAUAGUAAAUGAUACUAACUUGAUUAGGGACCUGGUCCCUAAAUGAUUCUUUGAACUCGAUCUUUUUGUGUUGUCUCACCUCUCUUUUUCCAUCUUCUUCUCCUUGCCAUGGGUGUAUAUCUACAGAAGAUAUGAGACUGAAUUAGAUAUGUAGGACAUCAUUUAACCAGGAUACCUGUUCACCAAUUCAUAUCCAUGUAAGGAGAAUUCUAAAGUUAGCUAGCAUUUAAUUGGA